AUAAUAAUUGGUUAUAAUUAAUAAUAACCGUAAUUUUUAUACAAGUAGUAUAUUCACAUUAACAUAUCUAUGAAUACUAAUAGAGUAUGAACUUUGAUCCAAGAUAUCUAUGCAAGUAUUUAUUGCGCCAUUACAGUUUUAUCAUUUUAAUCAUUCCAAUCUUGCAAGAAAAAUUGAAGAAUAUAAAUUCUCAUUCCUGAAAUGGCUCAGGAAAAAAUGAACAUGUCUACGAAUCAAUUGAAGAAUGCAUCCUCUCUUUUUACAAGCACAUCGGGUAUCCAACCAUCUUUUAAUGCGUACAGUGCUCCAGCAACGAGUGCUCCUCCUCCUUUACCACCACGACAAUCUAUGGGAUAUAACGAUUAUAGACCAGGUUAUUUAAAUAGUUAUGGGAAUUAUGGAAACAUGAAUAAUUAUUAUAGAGGAUAUAAUAGCUAUGGUUCUUUCGGAGGAUAUAUGGGAGGAUAUAUGAACAAUUCAAAUUAUAAUAACUAUGGGUUUAUGGGUGGACCUAGCGGAGAUAUAGAAAGUAGAUUUACACAGUAUGCCGAAGAAAGCACAAGAUCUACUUUUCAAAUGUUAGAAACUGUCUUGCAAACAUUCUCUUCUAUUACAAUGUUAUUGGAAUCUUCAUACUUUGCGAUAACAAACUGUUUUAAGGCUAUCUUAAGCGUUGCAGACAGCGUUGGAAAAUUACGUUCUACUCUUAGUCACCUUUUGAGUACAUUCGCUUUAAUUCGUUUCUUAAAGUGGAUAUACAAAAAAAUUACUUACAAGAUUGGUUUACGUAAUGAAAAUGUUGGCGAAGAAGAAUUAUGGCAAAGAUCAUUAGUUCAAGCAGUAGGAGGCCAAGAAAAAUCUACUCCCAUAUGGUCUAAUUUUCUAUUUUUUGGCAUAUUCGUUAUUAUUCCUUAUUUGAUUCACAAAAUAUCAAGUAACGUUAAAGAACUUAAAGUAAAAUGUACUGAUCCUAAAGAAUGGACGAAUUUUAAAGAACCAGUCUACGUAGCAAAUGUAUUAUACGAUUUUACAGCUACGUCUAACGAUGAAAUGAGUCUGAAAGUAGGACAGAAAAUUUGGUUGGCCCCUCAACCUUUACAACCUAAAAAUAUACCUGGUUGGUGGAUAGCAACAGAUAGCAAAAAUGUUGGUUUAAUACCAUCAAAUUAUGUUACUAUAGUAGCACAGCUUAAAAAAAAGACAGAAGUAAAACCACCUGAGAGUUCUAUUUCUAAUGUAUCUGCAACAUCUUCUACGCAAAAUGCAAACGAAAUAGAACAAAAUUCUUUGUUAGAUAGGGGAAAUAAUAAUUAUAAAAAUAGUAAUGAAAAUGUUGAAUUACUUGAAACAUGUUAUAAGGAAAAUCAGAAAAUUGAAUCUCCUGAAAUAUCUAAUAAGACUGAUAAUAGUGAAAAGCUUUUGGCAUAAUAUAUUAUUAGAAAAUUAUAUAUAAACAUUAGAAAACAUAUUUAUAAAUUAUUCAAAAUAUUUAAAUAUAAAUACUUUGACAUAAGAAUGGGAAAUACAUAAGCGUUUUUAAAAAUUAACCUUUGAAAAUCAAUUUUCA